AAAAAAAAAAAAAAAAAAAAGCGCCUGGUGGGGAUGUGCUGAAAGCAGCCCCUGUCCAGGAGGAGUUUUGUGCUGCCCACCCAGCAGCACCCACCACCUUGGGUAAAAAUAAUCCUCAGGCUGGCAGGCUGCAGGAGCUGAGACCUAGGUGGUGAAUGUGCCAAAAAGGGUGUAAAUAACACAAAAAUCAGGAGGUGCUGGUGCAGUGGUGCCAGUGGGGUUCCCCACAAGGGGAGAGUGCUCCAAAACUGGGCAGGUUUGGCCCUGAGGCCUCUGCAUCCACAUGCUGCUGGUUGUCCAGGUGCUUCCAGUUCUGCAGCUGGAAGCAAAGGGCUGGGCAAGGAGCCCCCAGGCUGUGCUGCACCACAUCCCUUUGUGGGUAUUUUUCCACUUCUGGGAGUCCAUGCAGCGCUUUGUCCCUGCCUGCCGCGGCUGCUGGGGGCUGCAGGGGGACCCGUCUGGGCUUGAGCUGGGGUUUGGUGCCCACAGCAUCGCUGCCUACGUGGAGGCCACGGGGUUGCCCAACCUGCUGCCCCCCAUCCUGCUGGACGUGUCACAGGGCUGGGAGAGCUGGGGGGACACCCAGCCCGCCACCCUGGACCUCCUCGUCAGCAUCAACAUGAUGCACAUCGCAGAGCUGCGGUGCACCCAGGGCCUCUUCAAGGGUGCCGGGGUGCUGCUCAAGCCUGGAGGUGUGCUCUUCACCUAUGGGCCCUACGCCGUGGAUGGCCAGAUCAGCCCCCAGAGCAACGUGGACUUCGACCGCAGCCUGAGGCAGAGAAAUCCCGCCUGGGGACUGCGGGACACGGCCCUGCUGCGGGAGCUGGCCGAGGCCAACGGGCUGUGCCUGGAGAGGAUGGUAGGUGAUGGGCCCGGGGGGCUGCCCGUGCCCGCGUGCACCCUGAGCCCGGCUCUGUGCUUCCAGGUGGACAUGCCGGCCAACAACAAGAGCCUGAUCUUCCGCAAGCUGUAACCUGCCCUGACAGCACUUCCAGCGCCUCCCGCCACUGCUGUCCCCACUGAUGCCUCCUGCAGGGUGUCACUGUCCCACCGUGGCUGCCACUGGGGCUGGGGACAGCACUGAUGGGACACAGCCCCACUCACACAGCUGGGGCUGACUCGGCUGGGCAGGAUCCAUCUCCCCUUGUGCCUUUGGGGUUCCCUUUGCAGUGGGGUGCCCCAGCCUGGACCACAAGAGCCAGCAGAGAUGCCAUGGGGGGCACAGGUGUAGGGGGGGGACACAACACCCCUGGGCAUGGGGGAGACUCCCUGCUCCAUUUCCUCAGAGGAUGCUGUGCUGAUGGUGUCCCCCUUCCCCCCCUCCCCAGGAUUGUGCUGCUGCCCCCCUAAUAAACUCUGUGGCUUUGCCCCCC